AAGACCACCAUCACUCUCUCUCUUUAUCAUUUGAAGUCCCUUUUGAAUAUCUCAAAUUCAACUACAAAUGUGAUGUGUGCAACACAAUUUUGGUAGCCAAUUAUUGGAUAUAUCAUUGCCAAAUCUGCAGAUUUAUUGUCCACGUCAAGUGCGCCUUCAACAAGCCGCCUCCUCGCAAUCUUGAUAUUGGGAGAGACAUAAUCCGUCUUCCUCUUCCAACGAAUGAGGUGGCCGAGGAGCUAAUUGCACCUUUUGUGAUGAGACAAAGAGGAGGAGAAACAUUGAUACCACCCAUCAUCAUCCCUGCUGCUGCUACUGAUGAGUUGAUGAAGGUGAAAUAUGAGUUCCUUCAUCACCAACAUCAACUCACUUUGUUCUCAUCUAGCGAUCCAAGCCAAGAAGAAGAAGAAGAAGAAGAAGAAGAAGAAAAUGAGGAGAAUUAUGGAGUGAGAUCAGAAUUGAUAUGUGAUGGGUGCAUCACUCCUAUAUCAUCAUCAUCAAACUACUUUAUGAGCUGCAGUGAAUGCAACUACAACCUUCACUUGGCUUGCUUUCACUUGCCACCUCAACUCUCCCCACUUCCACUCCACCAACGUGCUGAUCACCAGCUAGUCCUCCAAUCUUUGGACAAACACCAACCUUGGGAGAGGCUAUCUUGCAUUGUGUGUGGGUAUGAAACAAAUGGGCUGUUUUACACUUGUACAAAGUGCUACUUCGUAGUUGAUAUCAAGUGCGCUUGUAUGCCGGAUACCAUACUUCACGCAGCUCACCCGCAGCAUCUCCUCAAAUACGUGACUCCGUCGGAACCAGGCAUAGAGCUCGACUUAUGGCACUUGUCGUGUGCUGGUUGUUACAACAACGACAACAUGUUUCUUCAUAAUUAUUACAGGUGCAGCAACAGCUCAUGUGAUUUCAUCCUGCACAUUGAAUGCGCUGUUUUGCCGGCAUCGGUCAGCAGCCGUAGAUGGGACGAGCACCACCCACUGCUGCUGACGUACGACGCCACUCUCAAUCGUCCUGGCGAUUUCUACUGCGACCAAUGCGAAACACAAAUGAAUCCCAGGAGUUGGAUGUAUCACUGCCGCGCCUGCGAUGUAUCCUUCCAUCCUAAAUGCUUCCCAACUACAUCCGGCUGGCUUAGAAACAUCAAGUUUGGGCAGGAAUAUGAUGUGAAUGCAGAAACCCAUCCACACACUCUCACCUUUCAACUUCUCACCACAAAACGCCGCUGCGAUAUUUGUGAUCGGGAUAUGCAUGAACAAGAAGGAUUUUACUGUGCAUUAUGCAACUUCUUCAUUUGUUUCCACGACUGCGGUGAAAGAAUGAUCGAUAAUGGUGACAUCGAGGCCGUCGAAUAAAUGAUGAUAGAGAUGUUGUGUACCUCUUUCCAUUGUACUUUUAUAUUUAUGCUCUUUUUAUUUGAUUAAGAAUUACUGAGUUAGUAGA